UCGAAGGCUGUGUAUGAUACCUGAGAUCGCUGCUCCGGGGUUAAAUCACCGAUGUCUGUGCUCGCAUACCAGACAUUGCGCGGCGGACCAUUCGUCCCAGUGGCAAGAGUCGAGCACCGUGUUUCCCGGACAGAAGGAAUGUGCGAUCACCAAUCGGGCAGCUCGUGAUCAUAGUUGCGCUGAGCCAAUCGUCCCAGCUGCCCAGUAACCGGCUCUUAUUCCCAUAUCCAGCUUCGGAGCCAGCUCUCCCCAGAAACAUGUGCCUUUACCACGCGGUCUGUGCCCUGCCCCUUGCGCUGGAGACUCAGCAUUUGCUUUCUAGAUGAUGUAGUGGCCCCCCUUCCAAGUUCCAAGACGGUGAGAACAUAGUCGGGUGCCUUAUUUGAGCGACGCAUCCCUCCACGUGUCAUGUUCGAAUUGUUUCAGUAGCUGAACCUGAGGUCUCCAGCAUUGUUCCCUAUGGGAGCUGAAUAUAUUGGAAUCAGCCAUGCGAAGAAUGGCCUCGAGUCGCACUUAUACAAUUACACGAGUUCUCAAAAUCUGGUCGAGGUGGUCGACACAGAACAUCUGCGCCACAAUGCCGCGGAGGAUCUGAGGGCAGCGGAAUGGAAACCUGGCGUUAAAGAAUGGCUAGUUUUUACCUGUGUCUCUCUGCUGAUGACAAUGGAUGCGUUCAACGCCACAGUAGUCCUUCCUCUGAUAGCACCACUGGGAAGCGCGUUAUGGAUCGAGGCAACGUAUCUUCUCGCCAGUGCUGCAAGUCAGCCUUUUUCGGCCAUGCUUGCUGCCCUUUUCGGGGUAGGGCCCAUUGUGCUCGGUGCCGCUGUACUGGCUACGGUGGGGACUGGUGUGUGUAGCGGCUCCAUGAACCUAGCUUGUCUAGUCCCGGGGCGUUUCGUCCAAGGCAUGGGAUGUGGGGGCGUAAUGGCGACUUCACUCUUGAUGAUGGAUGAAGUCAUCCCAUGUCCGCAUCAAGCCCGAUUUACCGGGUAUAUCUUCCAGGCGCGGGUGGCCGGUGCCAUAUUCGGCCUUAUAUUUGGCGGAGUCCUCAUUGACCACGCUAUCUGGACCUUCUAUGCCAGCUUCGUCUUCUGCGCACUGGGAUUGCUGGUCAUCCCGUUCGCUGUUGAGCUGCGAAGAUACCAGCGCGCGCCAAAAUGCAGGACGGGCGAGCUUGAUUGGCAAGGUGCUGCUUUAAUUUUCAUGGGAAUGGGUUGUCUUCUCAUAGGGAUCAACUGGGGAGGGACCUUGUAUGAGUGGAGUAAUUGGCAUGUGCUGGUACUUCUUAGUGCUGGUGGUGUAUCAAUGCUGGUUCUAGUUCUCUAUGAGCUCUUCUGGGCUGUGCACCCAAUAUUUUCUUCGGCCGUAUUCAACAGCCUUGCAAAGACCAUGCUAUACCUGGGCAGCUUGCUGCAUGGAUUUCUCAUUUCCUGCCAUCUGUUGAACUGUUCCUUGUACCUAAGAUUAGUCAAAGACCUAUCUUCAGCGCUUGAAGGACUCAGCCUGGUCACCAUUGCCAGCCCAGCGUUGAUACUGCUCAUCCUGAUAGAAAAGGUGCGACUGCUGCGAAGUCCCAGCCUGCCCCCUUGGAUGAUCCGAGCCGGGUGGAUGUGCAGUAUUCUGGCGACAGGAUUCUUCAUCAUUCUGGAUUCUGCCACCCCACCCCAAGUAUGGGUCUUCAUAUUCCUUGGCAUGGGAAUCGGCCAUUCCCUCCUUAUCUCAGGGUACCAUCGAAGCGUGCAUAAUGUAACGAGCAACCGCAAAGGGAGAGGAGAGUCAUCGAGGCAAGAUAGUGACCGCUCAGCAUCUGGUAUUCUCAUGUAUUCCGUUCUGCGCACGUGGGGGAUGUGCAUCGCUGUCCCGGUUAGCGGUGCCAUCAUCUUCAACCGGAUUCUCUGGGAAGAGGGAGAAGGAAGCGUGGAUUCGAACACACAAACGGGUGAGAUCUCGCUGUCUGAGCAGGGCAGAGGUCAGAAGAUGAUGCUUGUCCAUGGGUUUCAUAUUCUGUGGCGAGUCAUGGUGGGCGUUUCUGCUCUGGGGGGUCUCAGCUCACUGUUUGUGCGAUAG